ACUACCAGUGGGAGGCUUCUGAUGAACGGCUCGCUUCACUUGUCUUCCCUUUAUCGUGCCUGGCCGUUGGAUUCAGAUGGAUUGUGAUAAUUUCUGAUGGCAGUUACAGGUCAACCACCCUACCCAGGAGACUUACAACGGAUGAACCUAGGAGAAUUUGAUCUCCCAACUGUUCCAGCCUAGGGUUUACAUCGCUGGAAGAAUGGGGGUCACUGGAGACAGGCCUAACGAGCGAGCAGUCAGCAAGGUCUAUAGAACGGCUCCCGACACAGAGGCCAGUCUAGGAAACCGGAACACGAACGCCCGUACACCGACCACUAGCUCCACCACUAGCAGAAGUGACAUGAAUCAAACCAACAGGAGCUCCGAAGAUUCUUCUCAGACAACAGACACGACGUCGUCUGCUGACGACGACCAAGGCAGACUAGCCGAGGAGAAGCCACCGUCCAACCCCGAGCUGGCGGAGGACAGCGUGCUCCUGCCCGUGCAGGCCUACAUCUCACAGCAGGAAGAGUUCAGGCGCUGGAUGGGCCACGCUGACGCCGGAAGUCGAGCCCCGUCGUCAGCAUCUGCAACCCUUCCCAGCUAUUUACACGGCGACAGUGAUGAUUCAUUUGUCCAGGAGACUCGUCAUAAGAAAAAAAAGAAAAAGAAAAGGUCCGACAUCUCCGUGCAUGAGAGGCGGGUGUUGUACCGGCCAUCCAAGUUCCUGACUUACGUCGUGCCCAGCGAGUACGUCUCCAUAGCGCCCACCUCCUGCCUACCUGCAUACCCCCACAACGCCCUGCCUUUCCCGUGGGGUGUUCGAUUACCCCUUCCCAAGUCGCAGCGCAACUCGCCCGACCUACCAGUGUGUUCCCCCCUGCCUCUGGUCCCACAGGAAAACAUUAUGGCCUUUUCUUACCAGCACUCGUCCCGUCACUACCAGAUCUGUGCAGACAGUAAGGCCAACCAGGAACUCGAGUGGCUCUGAUGGACCUGCAACCCAAGCCUUGCCACAAGACAACCCCCCCCCCCCCCAUAGACAUAUUCCGUUCGUCACCAAUUCAAAUCACGUGACUUGUGCCUACAACUCACCAACUUUAACAAAACUAUUUAUGUCCAGUUCCAUGACCAUCACGUAGACAGCCGAGAGCUAUUCAACUAUUCUCACCCCGUAGUUUUACAGUGGAUCUUGUUAGAUUAAAUUCACAAAAUACGAU